ACCUCGAGAUCCCCGGCACCCCCCAGCCCCAGGACCUCGAGAUCCCCGGGACCCCCCGGCACCGGGACCCUCCAGCCCCAGGACCUCCCGGCACCGACAUCCCCAUCCCUGGGACCCUUGGCACCGACACCCCCGGCACCGGAACUCCAGGAUCCCUCGGUACCGACGGCACCAGGACCCUCUGCACUGACAGCACCGGCAUCCCCGGCACCAGCGCCCCGGGACCUCGGGACCCCCGGCACCAACACCGGAUCACCCGCCACCCCCCAACCUCCCCCAGGGGCGCACGGCGGCCGCGCACGGCGGCUCGCCAUGGCCCUACCCCGCACGCUUGGGGAGCUGCAGCUCUACCGGGUGCUGCAGCGCGCCAACCUGCUGGGCUACUACGAGACCUUCAUCCAGCAAGGGGGGGACGACGUGCAGCAGCUCUGCGAGGCGGGCGAGGAGGAGUUCUUGGAGAUCAUGGCACUGGUGGGCAUGGCCACCAAACCCCUGCAUGUCCGCCGCCUGCAGAAGGCCCUGCGCGAGUGGGCUUCCAACCCGGGGCUCUUCAGCCAGCCCGUGCCCGCUGUGCCCGUCAGCAGCAUCCCACUCUUCAAGCUUUCUGAGGCGGGCGGCCGCAAGGCGCUCAGCAACGGGCACGCAAGUCCCGGCGAGGCUGCGGGCAAGGGGGGCAGCAGUGCCGGGACACCCCCAGCCCGCAGCCCCACGGAGCCGGCCGAGAAGCUGUCGCCAUCGGCUCCGCUGUGGCCAGGCAGGAGCACACCCGAGUCUGAGGGUGGUGGUGACGAGGAGCCGGGGGGUCCGCCCUUCUCCCCGAGUGGGAGCAGUGGCGAGCAGCCGGUGGGCGCCGAGAUGCUGGAGCCAGAGCUGGUGCGGACGGUGGUGGAGGGUGUGGAGAGGCUGCUGCAGAGCUACCCCCGCGGUGGUGACGCUGAGCUGCGGGCACUGAUGAAGCUCAACAAGAAGCUGGCCAAGGCUGUGGGGCACAUCUUCCAGCUGGAGGAUGGUGACCGGCACAAGGAGGAGGAGAUCCGCCGACACAGCGCUAUCUACGGCCGCGGCGAGGCCCGGCGCCGCGAGGGCAAGCAGCUCACGCUGCAUGAGCUCAUCAUCAACGAGGCGGCCGCCCAGUUCUGCCUGCGGGACAACUCGCUGCUGCUGCGGCGCGUUGAGCUCUUCUCGCUCUCACGGCAGGUCGCGCGGGAGAGCACUUACCUGUCCUCGCUCAAAGGCACCAGGGCACAUCCUGACGAGAGUGGGGCCACCGCGGCCAAGCGGCUCAAGCAGGAGGCAGGAGAGCAGAGCCGCCCCGAGGUGCUGCCGCUGUUGGUGGGGCCGGAGGCCCCCGGGGCUGCGUACCGAGCCAGCCUGGAGGAGGACGCAGGCAGCCUCUCCGGAGAGAGCCUCGACGGGCACCUGCAGGCAGCAGGCACUUGUCCCCGGCUGACCCCCCCACCCGGCGUACCCCAUGACGCGCCCCUCGGCCUCGCACCCCACGGGCUCUGGAGCCGCCACAUCCUGCAGCAGACGCUGAUGGACGAGGGGCUGCGCUUGGCACGACUCGUGUCCCACGAGCGCGUGGGGCGGCUUAGCCCCUGCCUGCCCGGGAAGCCCCCGGCACCAGAGUUCGAAGACGGGUUGGCAGAGCGGGGUCCACCAGCCCCCCCAGACCCUCCCCGCGGCACCAUCAAGGUGGAGCAGGAGACCAGCCGGCAGUGAGACCCCCGCAGCCCCCCACCACCAUUAACGAAGCAAUAACGUGCUGGGGGACAGGUGCUGGCGGCACAGCGGUGAUGCUGGGGUGCGGGGACCUGGUGUUGGGGUGGGGGGGGGAGGCUUGGCUGUAGCCCCCCCAUGCCCCGUCCCCCACCGCACCAACACUCUGGUUACCUCAGCCGUGGCAGGAUGUGCCUCCCCGCAGCAGCAAUACCCCUGACCCACCAGGACGGACACGCUGUACAGACCCCCUGCCCGGACCCUCAUCGGUGUCCCCGGCCCUGUGCUGACACCCCCCCCCCCAACCCUGGGCCACCUCGGGCAACAGGCAGGCACCCGCGUCCCCAUGCAGUGACGGGCGCUUCGCCACUGGCACACAAGCCAUGUACAGCAUCGCGUGCUCCCGCCUCAGCGUUGCCACCCACGCCGGGCACACGGUGUGGGCGCGCAGCCCCCGCAGCGCCCACGCUCCAGCCGCCAGCCCCCUCCCUGCAGUGCACGUGCGAGCGCAUCGUGCCCACGCAUUGCGACCCCCUUUCCGCUGGCAGUGUGCAGCAUUCUGGCUGUAAAUACCUCCCCCCCCAGCUCAGCCCCAGCGAAACCCCUUCCCCCCUCCAUGCCCACCCGCAGCUCCAUGCACGCCUGCAUCCCCCCCUUUCCUUGCCCCCCCGCCUCAAUUGCCUGCUGCCCUGCCAUGCAUGGUCCCUGUGCUGGGGGGUGUCACACGUUGCCCCCUCCCAGCGCGAAGCAGGCGGUGUUUGACGGGCACUGGGGCAAUGCCCCCCCCAGCCUGGCCCUUUGGGGUGCCUCUUGCCCCCGCUGUUUCUGUGAGCCAUGCCCAGCUCGGGGUCCCCACUUAGGACUGUGUGGUGUCUUUUUAGAGCAUUAGCGACUCUUCCUUUGUAACAUGUACAGUAGAUUAUUUAU